AUGGUGAACUGCAGCAUAAAUGGUUGUAAAAACUCAUCAAGGACGUGUAAUUCAACUAAUAAAGGCAUAACCUUUCAUCGAUUCCCGAAAGAUCCUGAUAUUAAAGAAAAAUGGAUAAAUCUUACUGGUAGACAGGACUGGUUCCCUACAGAAAAUAGUCGAAUUUGUUCAAUCCAUUUUCAUGAAAAUGAUUUUAAUGUCACUGCUAAAAGAUGCAAUUUAAUGAAAUCAAGCAUACCCACAUUGAAUAUAUGGAAGUUAUGCUCUGAAAAUGUAAGUUUCAAUACAAUCUUUAGUCAAAACAUAAAAACAAUGUAA